AUGAACGGAAUAAAAAUAUUUAAUGAAAUUUAUAUUUUAAUGAAGUUCUUGAAUAAACAGUGAGUGCGUGUGCUAUGUCUGUGCUAAGUUUAGGUGGAUGUAAAGUAAAGUAAAGCAAUAGAUCUGGUUCAGUGGAAAUGCAAAUAACAAUAUAACCCAUUAACGUCGAUUACUAAUUGAUUGGUAUUAGAGGUCCCCGAGCGUUCUGCGUCAGAAAUUCCGCGGCGUUUUCCCUCCUCGUCGUGUCCCCCCAAUCGUUGGUCGUGGCGCGCGCUAAACUUGAAAUAUAAUAUUUAAUUUUAGUUUCGACUCGGACAAUUGCUGGUCAACAACGCGACAUCACUCAUAAAUAGGAAAAUUAAACAAUCUUACCACCUUCAUCCAUUGUCGCCUCCCGUGCUAAUCAAUCUCGAGAUAUUUAACGGGCCCACGUUAAUCUUCGCCUUCCAAUCGAAUGUCGAAGUCACGAAGAAAAGUGAAGUUUCAUAUUAGUUCGAAAGUUCAGUGUUAACAGCAGCAUGGGCGAAGACAGCACGAACAAUGAUAAAAACGACUGCGAAGAGUUCGAGAUGAUCGACGGAUGUCCUGACCAUCUCGACGAUGAUAACAACAACAACAACAACAGAAUGGUUUUGGAGCCAAAGUUUGCGGAUUAUGGGAGUAUCCAAUCAAUCGGUGAGGCUGUCCCAGACUCCGCCCCAAUUGGAAGAGACAGUUUGAGUACUGUUUUGCCGUUACCGCCAGCGAAAGGAGGCAACGACAGCCUAGAGGACACCUCGGGAACGAUUGCGGUUGCGGCGCAUAAUACCAUCGUCAACAUGACGCAAGUGGAUCUCUAUCAGAGACAGCCUCUGCUGCAAGGUGAUAAAUGGGGCCACGCCAGUCAUCCACCUGCAUCGGAUGGGUACUACAUCGACGACGACGAUGACGACCAGAAUAUUCUUCGGAAAUCACAAGAGCCGAACGGCAUUAUCAAAAUCAACAUCCCACCGCCGGUCAGAGAAGAGCCUAAGUUUCCCCAGGAGCGGUGGAAAAUGUUAGUUGCAUUAGUAAUAUUUUUCUUCAGUAGCCUUUUAGUGUUAAUUUCAUUGGCCACGGUGCACGAGAGAGUGCCCGACAGGAAAACCUAUGGACCAUUACCGGAUAUCUUCUACGAUAUACUCGGUGCCCACGACUGGGGUUUGACAGUCUCCGAAUACCUCAUUAUCGUCGCCUUCAAUUCCAUGAUCGUAGUCAUCAUUCUACACAAACACAGGUUUAUACUGGCGCGACGAUUAUUCCUUAUUAUGUCGCUGUUAUACAUGUAUCGAGCGCUCACGAUGUUCGUCACAGUCCUCCCAAUAUCCAGUACCACGUACUAUUGUUCGCCGAAGAACAAUAACACGUCCACUUUAGAAAUGGCCAAGCGAGUUCUCGACAUGCUUUCGGGGAUGGGACUGAGCAUAAACGGCAAACAGACCUAUUGUGGUGACUUCAUAUACAGCGGACACACGCUAACUCUCGUAAUCAGUUACCUCUUCAUCGCUGAAUAUACACCGAAAAAACUCUACCCAGUGCAUUGGCUUUAUUGGCUGAUCGCCGUUGUGGGAGUAUUCAUGCUCCAGCUCUCCCGUUCUCAUUACACCAUCGACGUCAUCCUUGCUUAUUACGUCACGACGAGGAUCUUCUGGAUAUUCCACACCAUGGCCAACAACGUUACCCUAAAGCAACACUCCGAGAAGAACCUACUGGCUCGGAUGUGGUGGUUUAAUUGUUUCCUGUACUUCGAGGGGAACGUAGGAGGCCAAGUUCCUAGACAAUGGCCGGACUGGCCCUUCCCUUGGCCGCGUCGCUUCCAGACAAAAAGUCGUGAUAGUUAGUAAUGCGCCAUAGCAAGAGCAUAAAGGAUCCAGAACCUUUCUUUUUAUUUGUGAUACGACGAUGAUGAGGAAAAGUGCAACAACAGCAAAGAAACAGUUUUAUUUUUAAUUCUACCUUAAGAUAAAUGUAUAUAUUAUACAUAUUAAUGUAUAUGAA